UUAGACUAGGCUUCACUUUACUUCUUGUUGAGAUGCCAGUAGCUGACAUGGCACGCGAGAGCACGCUCGGCUUGUGGUUAUCGAUCCUCCUCUUACGGGCUGGCCCUGCAGAAGCUGCUGCAGCCAAAGGACUGAAUGGCGUUCUGGGGGAGUCGGUCACUUUCCAACUGAAGACCCCUCCACCAUUUCAAACGAUUUCUUGGAGUAAAAGUGUCGGCGGACAGCCUAGUAUUAUUGCUGUGCUGACCUUUCAGGAGCCAUGUGUCGCCCUGACACCGCUCCCGGCCUUCAGAAAUCGAGUGAAGGUCUCCGAGGACUGCAGCGAAUUACACCUUGGCCAUCUAGAGCCAGAGGAUGCUGCCAGAUAUGCCGCACAAAUUGUUUUACCAACCAACGCGACAGAGGUGGAAUCCUUUGAGCUGCUAGUUUCUAUCAAUGUCACCUGCAGAGCAGAAAACCCGGUCAGCAACGCAUCCACGACGGUCUCCUUAAAGGAAGUUUGUUCUGAGAGGAGACCAGUGACGGAGGUUCCCCCCCAGGACAACGAAAAUACGCCUGCAACUAAAGGAUGGAUCCCGGCCCUGAUUGUAGCUCUUCUCUUAAUUACAGUUGCUGUAGUUGUCAUAUAUGUGCUGAAGAAGAAAGCUGCCGAGAGGAGAGAGCUCAAUUUUGCACAAGGCUCAGGGACUGAAGAUCGAGCUAAGAAUGAUUCCACCUUAAUAGGAGAUGGGCCCAAGGGGGCACGGGGAAAGAAAGACAGGCCACCAAGAAAAGCACCAAAAAGCCACCAGGAGAUGCCCCAAACCAUCUAUACAGCUGUACAGCACCCGAAGCAGAGUCCUUUACAAACAGACGAUGAGAAGAUGAGGAAGAGACAGCACGGCCUCCACAGCCAGGAGGAGAAAACGGUUUAUUCGGAGGUCAGCAAGUCUCAAGAGAGUGAAGACCAAAACGCCAAGACAAUCUAUGAGACAGUGAAAAAUCCCUCAUCUGACAGACCCUCAGACUUCAGAGCCCUGGUGUAACACCCACUGCCCCGGCCAGGCCAGCAGGAGAUGCCACCCAGUGCCGGAGGAGCACCUGAGCCGCUGCUUCCAAAGGCCGCCCGGAGGACUUGCAGCAGGACCCCGAGAGAGAGCAGCGGGCCAGGCGGCCCCCGGGGUGGCUCUUCCUCCCCGGGCUCGGCACCCGCCUUCGUUCCCGGGCCUGCACCAGCCCAGCAGCUCCUCGUUCUGGCUGGGGGAGGGCGGGAAAGAACACGAUUUCAUUCCUCUUUGGGUCUCAUUUUUAGUCGAUACACGAAGCGAACGUUAUCCUUUCCCAUCUGAACUUCUCUGAAUUUUGCAGGACUGUUUCACUCGUUUUUAAAAAAUGCGUUGGGGAGGAAAUCUGUAUCAGAUGCACACUUCUUGGAAAUCACUUACAGGAGCAGUAUACGAGGGAAGCUUCAUGUCUGUGUACACUGGGUAUGCCAGGCAGAUGUGCAAACAAAAGUGCCUCUUUUUUCACAGAAAUGGGCACCCAAAUAUUUAUAUAUUUUAUGAAAAGUUUAUUUUCUUAAAAUGUUAAGUUUGAUGAAUAAAUCAACACCUUCACAUACAUGCACAACCGGAAAAAUCUCAAGUCACAAUACAGGUAGUCCUCGACUUAUGACCACGAUUGGGACUUUUGCAAUUUUACAACUUUUUUUGCUUUGGUCGUUAAACGAAUCCAGCUCCCCCCGUUGACCUUGCUUGUCAAAUGGCAAUCAGGUGACCCCAGAAUGCUGCAACCCUCAUAAAUAUAUGCCAGUCACCAAGUGCCUGAAUUUUGAUCACAUGACUGUGGGGAUGCUGCGACAGUCAUAAGUGCGAGAACCGGUCAUAAAUCGCUUUUUUCGGCACCAUCGUAACUUUGAAUGGUUGUUAAACAAAUGAUUAUAAGUCAAGGACUACCUGUAUUCUCACAAACAGGAAAAUGGGAGCAACCAAUAUUGAGAAAUGUUGAUCGAAGAGGCCACCCUUGCUCCUGUGAUCCUGCACAAAUGUGAGACUGGGCCACCAAAUGCCCAAUGCCAUCAUGCUCAGCCUUUGGCUCAUUGGGCAUCAAAGCGCCAUUCUCCCCCAAUGUAGCCCACCAGAAAUCCCCUUUAAAUCUUCAGCAUCCCCUGGAACAGCCGCUGUCCAGUUCCUGGGAAACCUCACAUCUUUGGGGACCUCCAUUCUUGCUACCUCAGCUAUUCCUCUAGGAGUAGAAUAGCAAAUCUGCUUUCUUGAUUUUGCCAUUCAUUGUUAGUUUGAUGCUGUGUUAGACUUUUAUUACUUGUGUAUUUGAUUACUGUAGGCCACUAUGUACACAAAUAUUUCAUUCUUCUGCAACUUCCAGAUUUGUAUUAAACCAAUUAGGAAUAAAUAGUUUC